AUGGGCACAGGCAUAGUCUCGAUCCUCCUCCACAACCUCCCUUACAACACGACAUGGAUCUCACAUGGGCUUGCGGUCGCCUUUUUCAUCCUAAAUAUUGGUCUUUUCACCGUUUUCACCGCAAUUACUAUCCUGCGCUAUGCUCUAUACCCUGAAAUAUGGAGGGCUAUGGUUGUACACCCUGCUCAGUCCAUGUUUCUUGGCUGCUUUCCUAUGGGACUCGCAACUAUCAUAAACAUGAUGGUAUUUGUAUGCGCACCUGUCUGGGGCCAGUGGGUUGUCUCUUGGGCCUGGGGGUUGUGGUGGUUGGACGUCAUUCUGUCCUUGACGACCUGCAUAACAGUGCCAUUUGUCAUGAUUCAUCAACACCGCCCAGGGCUUCAAGCAGUAACAGCAGCUAGUCUACUGCCUAUCGUCCCAGUUGUAGUUGCAUCUUCAACUGGCGGCAUAGUUGCUGAGGUUCUUACUAACCCAGACCAUGCGUUCAUCACACUCGUCGCAUCCUACAUCCUCUGGGGCAUCGGUAUCUGCUUCUCAAGCAUGGUCCUCGCACUCUACUUCCACCGCCUGACUAUCCACAGUCUUCCAUCAAAGGAGGCCAUCGUCUCUGUUUUCCUGCCCAUCGGGCCCCUGGGGCAAGGUGGUUUCGCUAUACAGCAGCUGGGGAAGGUAUCAUUCAAGCUGCUCCCUCAAACAACGGCUUUUAACAGAGUUGCUCCCGAGGCCAUGCACGGCGGAGAGAUUAUCUACUUCCUGGGCAUUUUCCUUGCCCUAAUCAUGUGGGGGUUCGCGCUGGUUUGGCUGUCGUUCGCGCUCAUCAGCAUCGGGACAAUGCAGAAGUUCCCAUUUAACAUGGGAUGGUGGGGGUUCACAUUCCCGCUUGGUGUGUUGGCGACUUGUACAGGCAUGCUCGCUCAGAACCUGGAUAGUGGGUUUUUCCGGGUCAUGACCAUGGUUCGUCUCCUUGUUCGCUCCUUACUAGGCUCAUUCUACUAA